AUGCCGCCCCGCGCCCAAGCCGGGCCAUCCAAAACGCGCGCGGCGCGCUCAUCAGCUGCUGCGCCGGCCAAGGCUUCUCCCGCAAAGUCGCGCGCUCGCGGUGCUGCCGCGGCGCCGGAAUCUGCCCCCGAACCCCGCCGUUCUGGACGUGUGACACGCUCAAUGUCGGCGUCGGUCCCACCCGAGGACCCUGGACCGCGCAAGCCCGCAGCACGGAAACGCGCUGCGUCGCCGGUUGAGGAGGAGGACGAGGACGAGUUCCAGGUCGGCGGCGACCUCGAGCUCAGUGACGAGGGGGAGGGCGAUGAGGAGGAGGAAGGGGACGAGGACGAGUUCCCCGAACUCGACAGCGGGAGUGACGGAGAUGUAGAGGAGGAGGACAGCGAUGACGACGAGAUCGACGACGAGGAAGACGGCUCCGAGUCGGGAUACAACUCGUCAGACAUUGAGCGGAUGUACGAGGACGGUGACGACGAGUCGCCCGCGACGUCUGUGAUCUCGGAUUCCGAGGACGACGAGACCAAGGCACUUCCCGUCGAUGAGCGGCUGUCGCGCAUGAUUGAGCGCAACACGAUCAAGCCCGAUGACUCUGUCGGCGCCGAAGGCCAGCUCUCCCACGCCAAGGAGGGCGUCGGCCGCCUCGUGCCAUCCACCCUCGUUCCUGGUGGUUACAGGCGCAAGUAUCGCGACAUUGAGGCUGGGUAUGGAUCCGAGAGCAGUACCGAGGACCACCCGAACACGAUCGGCAACGUCCCGAUGGAGUGGUACGACGACCUCCCGCACAUCGGGUACGAUGUGGAGGGGCGCAAGAUCUUCCGCCCGGCUAAGGGCGACGAGCUGGACAAGUUCCUUGCCAACACGACGACUCUCGGUGCAUGGACGAGUGCAGAGGACAAGCUCAUGGGCUCGAAUGUCGAGCUCACGGACAAGGAGCUUGAUAUUAUCCGUCGCCUCCAGAACGCUGAGAACCCCGACGCCGACUAUGACCCGUACCAGCCGACUAUUGAGUGGUUCACUGGCGAGGGCAUGGAACGUACCAUGCCUCUCAGUGCUGCUCCCGAGCCCAAGCGCCGUUUCGUCCCCUCCAAGUGGGAGCACGAGAAGGUCAUGAAGAUUGUGCGUGCGAUCCGCGCGGGCCGCAUCGUGCCCGGCAAGCCGGCGGCCGAGAAGCCCAAGGUGUACGGUAUCUGGAGCGAGGCGGACCAGCCCCACGCCGACCACGCAAUGUACAUGCCUGCGCCACAGCUGCCGCCUCCUCGCACGGCCGAGUCGUACAACCCUCCUGAGGAGUAUAUCCCGACCGAAGAGGAGCGCAAGGAGUGGGAGGAGAUGGACAAGGAGGACCGCAAGACCGACUUCCUUCCUGCCAAGUAUGACGCACUCCGCAAGGUUCCGGGCUACAAGAACCUCGUGCAGGAAAAGUUUGAGCGCUGCCUUGACCUGUACCUUGCGCCACGCACGCGCAAGGUCAAGCUUAACAUUGACCCAGAGAGCCUGAUCCCCAAGAUGCCCGCGCCACGCGAGCUCCGCCCCUUCCCUACCACCGGAUGCGUGCAGUACCGCCACCCCGGGAGCACGCGGGUGCGUUGUGUUUCGCUGUCGCCCACUGGCGACUGGCUCGCGAGCGGGAGCGAGGACGGUGUCGUGCGUCUCUGGGACGUGGGCAACGGUCGCGAGGUAUGGCGCUGGAACCUCAAGGGCGGGGCGGUACAAACUGUCGCGUGGAGCCCGAACGCCGAUGAGGCGCUUCUCCUGGCGCUCGUCGAGGGUCGUAUUGUUCUUCUCUCGCCUCUCGCACUGGUGGCACCAGCAGUGGCCGCUGCUACGCUCACCCACGCCAACGUCGGCUUUGCGUCGAGCGCCGCCUCGACCAAGACAACUGGCAAGACGGGCACUGAGGCCAUCAAGUGGGUCCGCCCUGGCGAGACGCAGCGUGAGCGCGGUGAGCUCGUCUACGUCGAUGUGCCAGGAACACCUCGUGCCGCUGCCUGGCACCGUAAGGGCGACUACUUUGCGACGGUGGCUUCCGAGGCCGCGAACAAGUCUGUGCUUAUCCACCAACUGGGCAAACACGCGUCCCAGUCUCCGUUCCGUAAGACGCAGGGCACGGUCCAGCGCGUCGCGUUCCACCCGUCCAAGCCGUGGUUUUUCGCCGCCACUCAACGCUACGUUCGUGUCUAUGACCUUGCGGCUCAAAAGUUGGUCCGGACCCUCCAAACGGGUCUCAAGUGGAUUUCCAGCCUUGACAUCCACCCCGGCGGCGACAACUUGAUUGUUGGGAGCUACGACAAAAAGUUGGCGUGGUUUGACAUGGAUCUCGGAACAAAGCCCUUCCGAACGCUGCGAUACCACUCGCGCGCUCUGCGCGCUGUCUCGUUCCACCCCCGCCUGCCACUUUUCGCCAGUGCCAGCGACGACGGAACGAUCCACGUCUUCCACGCCACGGUUUAUGCCGAUCUCACCAAGAACCCCCUCAUUGUACCGCUCAAGAUCCUGCGCGGGCACCGGAUCACGGACGGCCUGGGCGUACUGGACCUGCAGUGGCAUCCCGAGAAACCUUGGCUCGUGAGCUCGGGCGCCGACGGCGAGUGCAGGUUGUGGUGCUCGUGA